AUGGCCACGAACGUCGAUACCUACCAGCCUAUAACCCUCCCUCUUGACGCAGUCAAGCCCACCACCCAGGCCUCUCCUCCUCCACCCACCACCUCCCCCCUCAGCAGCAACAGCACCACCGUCACUAUUAACCCCUCCAUCAAAGCCCCCUUCAACGCAAUCCGCUCUCUCUUCGACCACCUCUACACAAACCCCGACACAGCCAAAGAGCUAAACGCAACGUACCCCCGCCGCGGCAUCCUCAAAACAGCCGCCACACACAACACAACCUCCGACCAGAAAUUCACCAUCGACAUCUCUGGCCCGCGAUGCGCCCUCAUGCCCGAAGCCAUCCGCAUCGCACUCGCACCCCACGGUCUACCCGAGGUCCUCGAGUUCUUCAACACAGUCAGCACAACCUACAUCCCGCCCGUUCUGUCUCAUCUGAACAGCCUUUCCGGCCUGGACCUCCACUCCGUCCACAGAGACUACAACGUGAACCUCCGCCUAGCCGACUACAACCCUCUAACCGCAAGCCCUGACUCGCUAAACGGCUGCGGCGCACACACAGACUACGGCACAUUCACAAUCAUCUUCCAAGACGGGACCCCCGGCCUGGAACUCGAAGAGAUUUCGCCCUGUGGGAAAAAGACCUGGGCCCCCGUCCCCGGCGACGCAACCGUCAUCCUAACAGGUUGGUGCGCCGUCAUCCUAAGCGGGGGACGCAUCAAGGCCGCUAGACAUCGCGUGCGUCGUAUGCCCGGCGUGCGCCGGCUGAGCGCGAUUCUGUUCCUCGCGCCGGAUUUGGAUGUGCCGUUGGCGCCGCUUGAGGGUGUUGAGCCUGUUAGGGCUUUCUCGGAGCUUGUUAUGGAGGGGGAGAUGAAGGUUGGUGAGUUCAAGGAGGUUAUGGGGAAGAGGUGGCGGUACCGCGAGGGGAAUGAGGAGAUGGAGGGGGGCCGUGGGCAGUUUGAUCAGGAUGCUGAGAUUGAGAGGCUCAUAUAUGCUUAG